UAACUUCUCACGUUGUUUUUUGGAAUAAUUUUUUUUAUUUAGACGUUAUGAUAAAUCAAACAAAACUUCUUUUUUUUUCAAAUUUUAACUUAAACUUUCGUGACCUUUCCCCUCCCCCUAAUUUUGCACCCUAUAAAAGGACGAUUUUCCCUUCAAAAUUCACAAUUCAAAAUCAAUUAUCUCCGGUUUUCAUUCAAAUCAAGUUGAUUCGUCCAGAAAAGAAACAAGAUGUCAAAUGAAGAGGAGGAGGAUGUUAACUUCAAGCCGGGAGUCGAAAUCAGCAGCGGCAAAGCCAACUACGUCGUCUCCCGCCUUCUCGGAGAAGGUGGCUUCGGUGCAGUCUACCUGGUGAAGGACACCAAGACCAACAAGACGUUCGCGAUGAAAGUCGAGCAAAAAAUGGAGAAAAGAAAGCACUCGAAGCUCAAAAUGGAGAUUGCAAUUCUGAAGCUCGUGGGCGCCGGCAAGCACUUCACCCAGAUCGUGGAUCGUGGCAAGAAGGACAAGGAGGGAUACUUCUUCCUGGUCAUGGAACUUGUCGGCAAGAGUCUGGGCGAUUUGAAAAACGAGCGAGCCGAACGGGUCUUCUCGUUCGGGACGGGACUCGGAGUUGCGAGUCAAUGCUUGGAGGCGGUCGAGGAUUUGCACAGGACAGGCUUCAUCCAUCGCGACCUGAAGCCUCAGAACUAUGCGUGUGGGCUUGAUGAGAAACGCCACAACAUUUAUAUCCUGGAUUUUGGGAUUGCCAGGAAAUAUUUGAACACCAAGAACGAGCUGAAGACGCCGAGAGAGGCCGUGGGAUUCAAGGGUACCGUCCGUUUCGCUCCACUCGCAUGCCACCGUUUCACCGAGCUGGGUCCCCGAGACGACUGUGAGAGUUGGUUCUACCUGCUGCUCGACUUGAUCCUUCCGAGAGGUCUCCCGUGGCGUAAGAUGAACGAGAAGGGUGAAGUUUUGAAGGAGAAGGAAGAGUGCCGCAAGGAGAAGCGCGACAAGCUGUUUUAUGGUAUCAAACAUGCUAGCGAGCUGAACAAGAUCCUCGACUACAUUGACUCGUGAGCCUAUCAAGAUCGUAUGGACUACAAUUUCAUCUACAAGCUUCUUGCGGAGGCGUGUACUACUGCUGGCCUCGACAUCGAUGCACCAUACGACUGGGAGACUACGAAGACUGAUCAUAGUAAGGAAGCUACCAGCUCUAAAUAAAUGAGGUUUUGAUGCUCG